AUGCCUUUAGUCGCCCGGCACCUGGCUGUGCCCUGCAGCGCACCCAACCGCACCUGCGCGGGCGCCUCCACAUCCUACGCCCCCUCACAAGCGGCGCGCCAGCCCGCCGCGCGACUGCAGCAGCGGCGGCGGCACAGCGAAGGGGCCCGCCGUGCCGCCGCGCCACGCAGCCGCCGCGCAGUGCUGGUUCAAGCCAGCGGCGGCGAGAUUGCAGAGGUGGAUGAUCUGAAGGGAAUCCGGGUGCUGAAGAACGAGGACGACACCCCGCGGGUGGAGUACCUGGUCAAGUGGAAAGACGGCUCCCCCGACACUUGGGAGGUAGCCACCAACCUGGCCGACAACCUGCUGCGCGACUACCAGCAGCGCUGGUGGGGCGCGGUGAAGAAGGGCGACGAGGACACCAUGUUUCAGAUGAUGGAGGUUGGGGGCGAUGUGCUGGCACGCACAGUCAACGAGGACCGGCGCACCGCGCUGCACUUUGCGGCGGCCAUGGGCAAGGCGCCGCUGGUGGAGCGGCUGCUGAGGGCGGGGGCCGAGGUGGACCUCGCCGACAAGGAGGGCUACACCCCGCUCCACAUGGCGGCGGGCUACAUGCACACCACCACCAUCGGCGCGCUGCUGGCCGGCGGCGCCGACCCGGAGCAGGAGGAUCGCCAGGGCCGCAGCCCUCUGGAGCUGGUGGAGGGCCUGCGUGCGGCACUGCCCGCGGGCAACCCCAUGCUGGUGCAGCGGCGCAUGCAGCUGGAGAACGUAAUCCAGAUGCUCUGCGCCAACAUGUUUGAGGAUGUGGAGCCAGCAGCUGUGCUGGACCGGCGGGAGCGGGUGCCCGAGGCGCCCGCGGCGGACGAGGGGGAGAAGAAGGAGGGGGAGGAGGCGGCGGCGACGGCGGCGGCGGGACCGCCCGUCACCGAGUGGCUCAUCAAGUUCCCGGAUGAGGAGGAGCCUGUGUGGGUGGAUGCCAAGUAUGUGAGCCAGGAGGUGGCCGACGACUUCGAGGCGGGGCUGGAGUAUGCGCAGGCGGAGGCGGUGGUGGACAUGCGGCAGCGCGGCACCAUGCGCAAGUACCUCGUGCGGUGGCAGGACGACUACCCGGACACAUGGGAGCCUGAGGAGCAUGUGAGCCCAGAUCUGAUUGCCCUCUACCAGCGCCAGCAGGGCCUCUUUGACGCCUCCUCCGACUUUUCGGACAGCGACGCAGAGGGCGGCGGCGCCGGCGGCGGCGCGCUGGGUGCGCGCGGCGGCGACCAGGGCACCGCCGGCGGGUCGGCGGCGGCGGCGGCGGGCAUGCAGCUGCAGGGGUCGGCGGCGUGA